UUACAGGUAUAAUAAACAUGGUUGCCAGCAAAAUCUCGCGAGACACGGCCGUCCUCAGAACGCACUAUUGCAAUUAAUUAUUGAUCAUAAAUCAAUAAAAGUAAUAACAAUUGCUUUAUGUUAUGCCAUAAUUUGUCUAAAUUCAUCAAAAGAUCAUAAUGCCUCGACCAGCGCAUCCUAAUUGGAAUGGAUUCACUCCAAUGUAUGAUACAUUAGGAAAACACAUUACUUAUGCAAAAUGUGAUUCUUGCAACAAAGUGAUGAAAAAAAGCGAUUCUCUUGCUUUGAUGAAUCACAAGAAAGUGUGCAAGGGACCGCCAAAUGCAUCAGAGGUUUCGAAUAGUGCAAGAGUGUCAACACAGAGAUCACCUUUGAGUAGUUUAUCAACAACUACUAAUGAUGUCAAUAACAAAGAAAAUCCAACAGGUAGUUUGUUGGAUGAUAACAAUGCAGUUGCUGUAACUACCAGCACUACGCCAAAGAAAAUCAAUAGUCAAGAACAUACUUCACCUGCAGCCAAGUGUCCAAGACUAUCAGUCAACGAUGACAAUCAGAGUGCAGAUACAAAGAAUAGGAAUUCAAAGGAAAAAGACGUAUAUUUUUUAAAAUUUCUACUUUGUUUCAAUAUAGAUUUCAAGAAGAUUAACUCAGCACAUUGUCAAAAUAUGUUGAAAACUCUUGACCCAACAUAUACAAUACCGAGUAUUGAAGAUUUAACAAACAGAGUUCUAGACUAUGCUAUUCAAAAAAUGAAUGAAGAAAAAAUUCAAGAUCUCACAAGCACAAUGGGAAUGGCUACAAUAGGCAUUGACAACGAAAUAAUUGCUAUAAGUUUUGCAAUCCACAGCAAUAAUAAAUAUUUCUAUAUAGAUAAUAUCACAAUAUGUAAAGAUGAUGUUGAUUACAUAAAACAAUUGGAUGUUUUUUGCAAUCUAUCAGUUGAAAUGGCUAAGAAAGUGUACAAUGUAAGCGUGAAAUUUGUUUUGUAUGAUGGUAGCGUUAGAAUCAGCUGCAUGGGAAUAGCCAACAAUAGUAAAUAUUAUACCAUAACAACAUUUUCACAAAUAAUCAGCGAAUUAAAGUAUAAUCAUGAUCCAUUCUUAGUUGCAAAUAGUAGUGAUACUGAAAAAGUAAAACAAUAUGACAAUGUCCUUGAAAGUUUUGAAAAAAAAUUAACUACAGCUAAUUAUACGAUAGCGGAUGCUACAGAAGAUUUGCUAUAUCUUGUCAGUAAUGAAAGUUUAUCCAUAAAUAAAUCUAUGGAUAAAACAAUUAUUGAAUUGUUAAGCCCAGUAUCAUUAGCAGCUAAUUAUUUUAUGCACGAGUUCAAGGGCCAUCAUUUUAUUGAUUAUAAGCCACUAAAAGAUAUGAUGUAUGAAUUUCUUUUUGAUGCUGUUCCGAAUGAAGCAUUUGAUAGCUUAACAGAAUUUAAGGACCAAACAGGUAUUUUUCAGGAAUUAAAUAAUCAACAAAAAUUCAAAUUUACUCGUGGGAGAUUUUUGGCACAUUGCUAAAAUCAAUCAUAAAUCAUUAAGUUCUUUUGCAUUAUAAUUAAUAAAAUUGCCUGCAAGUCUACGCACAAUUAACCUAUUAGAUCUAAGAUAAAUAAACUCAAAUUCAUACAUUAAAAAAAAAAUGAAAGUACAAAAGCAUUCUUAAUUUCACUUAUUUUGAAUGAAUAAUUAGCAAUACUUUUUUUUAUACGCUAUUUUUUAUAUUUAUAUAAGGUUCGGCUAUGUAUAUUUUUGACUGAUUAAGGUUACUUCGACUAAGUUAAUAAUGAAAAUGUAUUAAAAGCAUUAGAAACUACUUUUAAGUGUGAAAUAUUUAUAACCGUACAUCAUUAAUGUACGUUUACUGCCAAAGUUUGUAGUCAAUCAUCACUAUAAUAAUAUUUUAACUGAUUAAGGCUAAUAACAUAAUAAAUAAAGAAAUAAUUAUUUUAUUUUAUAUAACCGUAUCAGAGAUAUGCAACGGAUAAGCAUAAUCAGUAUUAUGUAACAUUGAUUAUUAUUAUAAAAGAGCAAUGUAAUUGUUCGUUAUUUGAAAAAAUGACUACGUAGAGAUGACAAAGUAAACUUUUUAUUUUUAUAGAAGUAUAGCGACGCUGUAAAAAGUUGAUAAAAAAAUGUUAUGAAAAAAUAAUUCAUAUAAGAAAAAGAAUUUGUUGUGCUUUAUGUACAGACCACACAAUAAAUAAUAUAAAUUCAAAACAGCGUAUAAAAUAAAA